UUCCGUCAGCGUGUUCAGUGUCGUAGCGCGUUGUGCGAAUACAGGUUGUCAUGAAUCGUUUUAGAAUAAUUACUGUUACCGCAUAUAUUUUUAUGAGCGCCUGAUAGUUGCGUGACAGCGGCGUUUAUCAGAUUUAAACGAAAUUAUGCGCAGACGUUUCUCUAGUGAUAACAAAGAUCAGAAACCAAACACACCAUGAUUCACCGUUACUUUAUUUAUUUGCUGCUGCUGCUGCUCCUCCAGACCGAGUACUCGCCGUUCCACAAACAAGGUUUCUUUUGCCAGGACCAGAAGUUAUCGCGCACCUUCACCAAAGACACCGUCCAUCCGAAGGUGUUGAUAUGGGGCACCGUCGUCGGUUCCGUCGUCCUCGCCACCUUCAUCGAGUACCUGCACAACAAGGCGAAGCUGAAUUUUUCGUCGGUUUGGUCCAGAGUGACGGACUUCAACACCGGUGCCGUGUUCGUGCUUGUGAUGACGGAGAUUUUGAAAAUCACCGUCGGUGAACCGCGGCCGCACUUUUUGACGGACUGCAGGCCGUUCGAAAACCAAAACUGCACGCCCGGUGCCUAUGUCAACAGUUUCGUUUGUUCGAACAACGAAUGGAGCCAAAGAUCGUUGAGGGACCUCUCGAAAUCGUUUCCUUCCGGGCACUCGUCCCUGUCGGUGUUUACGGCCAUUUAUUUUAUUCAUUAUAUACGGCAGGUGAUGUCCAGCAAACAUACUGUGAUAAAAUUUAGUUUAAUUACUUUUCUAAUUUGCUGGCAUCUUACUUGCGCGUUGUCCAGAAUAUAUGACAACAAGCACCACUGGUGGGAUGUAUUAGCAGGCAUAGGCCUGGGCACCGCUUUAGGAUUUUAUAAAGUGACGUCCGACAAUAGAAUAAUGUAAAAAUUU